UGUCGGUAUAGUUGUUUGCAUCUAACUGUUUAAAAAAAAUGAGUGAUUCACCUGUGUAUAUACCUAAAAAACGUUUCAAUUUGAGGAAACUUCGUCUCGCUUUGAAAUACCGGCCAGUAAUUCUAAGAUUAAUACUUAAACUGAGAUCUCGCAUAAAAGAAAAACAUCGUCAGCUAUUGAGGCUCAAACUCAGUGUGGAAGACAUGGUGACUUCUGACUUCUACCAAGCAUAUUUAAAAGCUACACAUGGUUGUAAUCGACAAGACACUACUCCAAAAAGUGCUGAAAUAGGUGUAAAUACUGAUGAAGCAUAUUUAAAAAAAAGUGAAGGUACAUUUGAAAAGAAAAUAAAGAAAAAGACUAAGAAUAUUGGAAUACAGACUGAAAAACUAAUAAGUGAUAAAACUGACAUUAAAUCAAUAGAAGAUAAAUCAGAAAAUAAAGUUGAAGAUUCAGGAUGGAGUCUAAAUGACAAUAAAGAAACAAAAAGUAUAGCAGAGCAAGUUGCAGAAGUUGCACAGGAUGCCUUAAAAGAGUCGGGGAUGGUGUACGUAGAAUCAGCUGGAAUGUAUUAUGAUUAUAAGACUGGUUAUUAUUAUAAUUCGGAAUUAGGGCUGUAUUACCAUACAGACACACAAUGUUACUACUCCUACUCAGAAGAAAAGAAGUGCUUCGAGUUCCACUCAUAUCCAGAUAGGAGUGCCGCCAAUGAUGCGCUGAUAGCCCAUGAGAAGCGGAAGGCUAAAAAACAUAAAAUGGAAAAAGAAGCAGAAGAGAACAAUUUGAAGAAUCCUAAAAGAAAAAAGGAUCUUAAAAAAAAGAAGAAAGAGACUUCUGAGGAUAAGAACAAAGACGAUUCUUCUCCUGAAAUCAUAGAAAAAAAGAUUGAUGUGGUAACUGAUGAUAAAGAAACCAACGAAGAGAAGAUAGAAGAAUCUGUUCUUAAAACAGCUGAACCAGAAGAAAUGGAGGAUGGUGAAUGCAGUGACACAAGCUCAUCCAGUUCCGAUGAUGAUGACGAUGAUGAUGUCAAGUCUAACGCUAGUACUUCUACAGCUACUGAUGAUGAGUCAGUAGCGAAGCACCAUCCUCCAUGCAUGCGCGUGAUCGUGCGCGAGACGAAGCUACCGAAACUGCGUGUGGGCAACCUAUUCAUCAUCACUAAAGAUGGCGGCACUGUCGGCAGGGAGGGAGAACAACACAUUAUAUUACUCAAAGAUCAUAAUGUGUCUAGGACCCACUUGGAUAUAAAAUUCGAUCCAUACCGAAACUUGUACAUGAUGACGGACCUCGGAUCUAAGAACGGUACCAUCCUCAACGGGACUCGAAUGUCGGAGAGCCAAGUUAGGAGUGAACCUAUGGAGGUGGUCCACGGUAGCACAAUACAGAUAGGCGAAACUAAGCUCCUGUGUCAUAUACAUCCAGGGAACGACACGUGUGGACACUGCGAGCCCGGGCUACUAAUGGAAGCAACAGAAAAAGAGAAGAAAGUAGCUUACACGCGUACAUGCAGCGUACAGAAGCAACAUCAGUUGGAGUUGGCUCGCUUGAAGAAUAAGUAUGCGCCGAAGCCUCUAGCUAUUGAGGAGACGGCAUACAACGACAGGGCGCAGGCGCGGAGAGAAACUGUGGGGUCCUCACACCACUCUGAAAAGACCCAGAGCACUGAUACUAACACGUCUAUAGCAGCAGAUAAUAAAGGUUUCAAGUUAUUGGAGAAGAUGGGCUGGAACAAGGGCGAGGGUCUGGGCAAGGAUAACCAGGGUGGAACUGAACCGGUACCACUUGUAUCAAACGAAGGUACAACCGGCUUAGGAGCAGGGAGAGCCCCAUUCGCCCCAGUCGCAAAGAACUCCCUAGGUCCAGCAACCAUGCGUCUGGCGACCAGAACCAAAAUGCUAAAACCACCAGCUAAAGCUUUCCAAGCACCAAUAGACGAUGAAGAUUCAGAGUGAUAUUAACAUUUAAGAAUUAUUUAAUAAGGUUCAAUCUUUAAUGAAAUCUUACACUUCUGUAAGUAGUGCUGUUAUUUAUUUUAAAGAUAUGUUAGAUAUUGAUGAGUAUAUUUAUAUGAGUCGUGUUAUGUUCUUACAAUGUUGAAGAUUACAGAAGUUAUUGUAAUUGUAAAUACUUAUUUGCCUAAACUUCGACCAAUAUUAUUUUAAUUACGUUCACAACUUUUUAACUUAGUCUAUAUUUUUCUUUACCCGUCUUAUUCUAUUGGAGAUCACCACAGAGAAAUUCUACCUCUCCUGUUGGUUUUCUUCUAACUAUAUCAAAAUUGAUUGUAUUUCUCUUUCUACGAAAUUGUUUCACAGUCUAUUAUUUACUCUUAAUAUAUAUCUAUGUAUUAUUGAAAAUAUAAAACUACAAACUG